AGUCAGUGAAAUGGAAAAGCCUCAGACCAAUGACUCUUUUGAACAUGAGCUUGAAGACUUCAUUAGAAAGCAGAGAGCCAGAGGAUUACGUCCAAGGACCUGUUUCAGAAAUACGGCAGAGGAAUCUUUUCACCAAGAAAGAGACCGUGUCAGCCCGGAACCUCCAAUGCUGGGGCCACCUCUCUCAUCCAGAAAACACCCCAGAUCCUCUACUUCCUGCGGAAGGCCGACAGUGGAAAACCUGGUACCUCACUGCAGACGAAGACUGGACUCUCUAAAACAUCAUCAGAAUAACCAGCCAGUCAGUCAAGACAGAAAGGAAAGGCCCCGUCACCAGGAGUGGGGAGGAGCCACCAGUGUGGAGCACGGGGUGCCCAAGAGGAAACACCACAGAGAGAGGGGUUCCCGCAAAGAAGACCUCAGCAGAAGGAAGGCCUCAGCACAGCCAGUGGGAACUGAGAAGUCCAAGCCCAGAAAGAGGACCCACUAUCAUGGAAGAGACCCCACCAGAAGCAAACGCCAGUCCCACAGAGAGAAGAAGGAGCCAGAGGAGUGGGAUUUGUGGGAUGAAGCUAUCUUGGGCAAUUGCUCCUGAUGUUUGGGCAUUUGGGGUCCCAAAAGUCAACAACUUGGUUCUAUUGGUAAGGGUGGAUCAGAUACCUCAAAACAAUUAGAUAUCAGGCUUCUGUCAUGGUCCAUUUGCUCUACUGGUGUGGAAAUUGGGAGUCUGCAUGGGGACGCUCUUCUGGUGCUGGCAGGGAUGGGCCUUUCGUGCCUGAGGCCUUUGGGCUGUGCUGACAGAGCCAUGGACUUGCCACCUUUGCCAUUGGCACCAUUCAGAAGGCUGCCCCUGUCAUCCACUCAGCCCCUCUGCUAUCGAUAAAGAUCAAAAGAAGACAGGAGGGUUGAGAUCUACACCAGUCAAGCCGCAUACACACCCCACCCCUACCCCUCCCACCCCCCACCCCGCAGUCUUGGGCACGCUAGGCAAGAGUUCUCUCGCUGAGCUACAUCUCAUCCCCAAUCACAAGCCUUCUUCUGACAGGCCACCAUGGGAAGCACCCUGCCGCCCAUAGACGGAGUCAGAUUGGCUGCAGGAUUACCUAGCAUUCACCAAGGUAUGUGGUGAGCAGAGAUCUGCAUGUGCUGUGUGAAACUACCAUAGCAACAAUACUGAGAUUGAAGGCGUUCACAGCCAGGCCCAGCCAAGAGAGAACUGGUUUCUUGUUUGUUUUUUUGUUCAAGAUACAUUAGCCAGAUGCUAUUAAACAAGAAAUGGUAAUAGAUGCAUUUGCCAGAACAGUUUGAGUUUGUGUGAAGCAGAAGAUUUUGCUCUAAAAUCUCUAAAAAUUAGAAUCUUGACAGUAAGCAUUAAACACACACACAGAAAGACACAGAGUGUCUGGUAGGAUGGUCU